AUGUCGUGGCAGACGUACGUGGACGAGCACCUGAUGUGCGACAUCGAGGGCCACCACCUCGCCUCCGCCGCCAUCCUCGGCCACGACGGCACCGUCUGGGCCCAGAGCGCAGACUUCCCCUCGUUGAAGCCGGAGGACAUGGCCGGCAUCAUGAAGGAUUUCGACGAGCCGGGCACCCUUGCCCCGACCGGGAUGUUUAUUGGAGGAGCGAAGUACAUGGUCAUCCAAGGGGAACCUGGGGCCGUCAUCCGUGGCAAGAAGGGAGCAGGAGGCGUCACCUUGAAGAAGACCGGGCAGGCGCUGGUGGUGGGCAUCUACGACGAGCCCAUGACCCCGGGGCAGUGCAACCUGGUGGUGGAGAGGCUGGGCGACUACCUCGUAGAGCAGGGCAUGUAGAUCACGCCCACCCCCAACGCCUAAGCAACAAAGACAUAGUAGCAUGCAUGGGAUUAUUGUGCUUCAGUUUCUCCAUCUUCCUCCUCUUUCCAUGUCCCGGCACGUACCUACUUCGCCGAUUAUCCCUUUUGAUCCAUCCGCGAUUUUUUGUUUUCAUUGUUUCUCGAUUGAAGCCGCUGUUCGGCUAAUAAUUUCUGCUUUUGGUCACUUGGGCUGCCGUUUGAGUUUGUGCAUCCGGAACAAUAUAUAUAGUAUGUGAUUCUGAUGGUUCCUAUGU